AUGUCAUUCACCUGCGCAAAAUGCUCCAAGCCGCUCGAAGUGGAGAUUGAGCUAGACGACGAAGACUACGACCAGCAACAAGAUGGCGAAGACGUGCAGAUGGGUGGCGGGCCAUCAUCUCAGACAGUUCCCGACGACGUGCACCUGUCAUGCGGCGAUCACUUCCACUGGGAAUGCCUUCUAGAAGCAUACGAGCUAGACAAGUGUCCGACAUGCGCACGCGGCAUUACUUCAAGUCCAGCCGCAGGAUCGGCGUCUGCAGCGGCUGCCAACCCACGGAUCCUGGUUGACAUGAACAAUGAAGGCGGCCUACAGCACCAAAUCGACAUUUUCCCACUACUGCAAGAAGAGGCCUACUUGCGCGCUUACCCCGAGGAGAGGAAAUGCCGCGCAUUUCUGGAAUUCUGCAGAGAAGGCGACCACCGCGCGAUUGCUGAACUGCUCAAGACGUGCUCAGAGGGUGCCGAGGAGGAUGACGAUGAACCGGACAAGUCCGCAGACGAAGUGCUCCGCUAUCAGGACUCUAUAGGCGACAUGCAAUCAGGUCUCCAUGCCGCAGUAGCGAAUGGUCAUCGAGAAGUUGCUUGGCUUUUACUACUUCUGGCCAGCGAGUACCCCGAGAAGGAGUUUCCUGCGCUUGUUUUCCAGGAGGCAGCGACUUUGGGAGUCAUGCGCGAGGAGCAGGACGGCAAGGUUGACAUUCGCAGUCUGCGUGAUGGGCAAGGCAGAACUGCAGAGGACGUCGCGCGAGAAGCUGGAGUGGUAUGGAACGGUUGGAUCGGAAACGGGCGGCUUUCGAUGCCUUGA